GCCCCAUCCCAAACCCAAACCUACCUGUACCGACACCAACCUGCUUUCCUCUUCGAAUGCUCUCGCUCACGAACCCCACCGAUCAUCCACCACCUACCAAAUGCAGUCGCUGGCGUUUACCUGACAGACAGACAGCCACGAGUGGGCGCACACAAGCACCACUCCACCAGAGGGACGGAGAACUCCGGCGCUCGAGCUGCCACAGCAAGUAGCAGCAGCGGCCGGCGGCCGAUAUGGCGUCCGCGGCAGGCGACGGGACGAGGCGGAAGACGGCGUGCGUCACCGGAGGGAACGGCUACAUCGCGUCGGCGCUGGUCAAGACGCUGCUGGAGAAAGGGUACGCCGUGAAGACCACCGUCAGAAACCCCGAAUUUAGAGUGGUUUCAUUAGUCUCGGAGGGUGACAUGCACUGUGAUCUGAUCAACGGAUUCCAGAUGACAUGGAGAAGAACUCGCAUCUCAAGGAUCUGCAGGCGCUCGGCCCCUUGGAGGUCCUCCGUGCAGACCUCGUCGAAGAGGGCAGCUUCGACGGCGCCGUCGCCGGCUGCGACUACGCCUUCCUCGUCGCCGCUCCGGUGAACCUCUACGCAGAGGACCCUGAGAGAGAUGUGAUCGAGCCGGCCGUGCACGGAACCCUCAACGUGUUGAGGUCGUGCGUGAGAGCGGGCACGGUGAGGCGCGUGGUCCUGACAUCGUCGGCGGCCGCCGUCUCCAGCCGGCCGCUGGAGGGCGACGGCCAUGUCCUGGACGAGGAUUCCUGGUCCGACGUCGAGUUUCUUAGAUCGACAAAGACCGGUGCUUGGGCGUACCCUGUGUCCAAGGUGCUUCUGGAGAAGGCGGCGUGCGCGUUCGCGCUGGAGCAUGGCAUCAGCCUGGUCACUGUGUGCCCCGUCGUCACGGUGGGCGCGGCGCCCGCGGCGAAGGUCAACACCAGCGUGCCCGACAUCCUCUCCCUGCUGUCCGGCGAUGAUGCGAGGAUCAGCAAACUUGAGUUCAUCGAGAGGGUGACCGGCGCGAUCCCGAUGGUCCACAUCGACGACCUCUGCCGCGCCGAGCUGUUCCUCGCCGAGGAAAAGGCGGCGUCGGGGCGGUACAACUGCGGCAGCGUCAACACCACCGUCGUGGGGCUCGCCCGCUUCCUGGCGGCCAAGUACCCGCAAUACAAUGUCAAGACCGACCGGUACGCCGGUCUCACCGAGAAGCCGAGAGUCUGCAUUUCGUCGGCGAAGCUCGUCAAGGAAGGGUUUAAGUACAAGUACAAGAACCUGGACGGAAUAUAUGGCAGCGUCGUCGAGUAUGGAAGGGCCUUGGGAAUCCUUCCCUACUAAGAAGUAUGAUCGAUCUUAGAAUCAGACGAUGCGCUUGGAAGCAAAAUAAGCCUUUUAGUCUCCUGAAGUACACAAAUGAUGAAAUGUGGGUGUUCAGUUCAUAUGAAAAAUGUAUUAUAAAAUGUACUGUAGUACUUGUAUGGAAAGUGAUAGUUGUCUCUGA